CAGAAGGAGGGGAUCCACGCACAGAACGGGGACGUAAAGGCUGCGGCCCUCAGCAGCAGCUUCGGAAAUGUGUCGCAGGGGAAUAACACCGAUGCCUGCACCAUGCAUGAGAACGGACUGCUGCCAUCGCUGCUUCUUCUGUUGGGACUGUGGGGGUUUGCGGCUCUGUGA